AAAUAAACCACCAUCAUCAAAAACAUAAAUUAUAAUAAUGCCUAACCUCAGCUGGUAUUAUGUGACAAUUGGACUGAUUAUAAAUGGUUUUGGUUUUAAGGGAUUACAAGCCGAACAGCAUCCAGCUACAGCAGAUGAAGGUCCUUUAUCUGAAGUGCAAACAGCUGUGGGCCUAGAGGUGGCUUUGCCCUGUGAUCUUAUGCCUGGCACCAUGAUAGCCGAUAAAGUACAACUGGUGAUAUGGUAUCGCCAGGGGAAUGUUAAACCUAUCUAUACUUUUGAUGCCAGAGGUCGUUCAUUACAUCAAGGUAUACCAUGGGCAGAUGAGAAUGUAUUUAAAAAUAAGGCACAUUUUUAUUAUGACUCAAAUCCGCCAGCUUUAAGGAUUAAAAAUAUACAAAUAAGUGAUGCGGGUCUCUACAAAUGUCGGGUUGAUUUUCAUAAAUCACCGACACGUAAUUGGAGAAUUAAUGUAACUGUAUUGGUGCCGCCCACACAACUGACAAUACUGGAUCACCAUGGUGCUGCUGUAAGAGACCAAACAGCCGGUCCCUAUUUGGAAGGUGACAGCAUUAAUUUAACAUGUUUAUCGAGUGGUGGCAUACCACCACCUCGUGUUUCAUGGUGGCGUGAACAUGCUUUGGUCGAUGAUUCAUUUCAAGUGCUACCAGAUGGUACAGUGCGCAAUGUGUUGCAUUUGAAAAAUAUUUCACGCAAGGAUUUGUUAACGGUUUAUACAUGUCAAGCCAGUAAUGGUCAUGUGGUGGCAGCUUUAACCAAAAAAGUAAUAUUGGACAUGAAUUUACCCCCUUUAAGUCUGCUACUGCAGGGUUUAAAUCAUGCCUUAGUAGCGGGUACCAGAACUCAUGUCACUUGUACAGCCGUGGGAGCUAGACCAGCACCUCAGAUUUUAUGGUCCAAAGGAGGACAACAGCUUAAAGGUGCUACACAAUCGACUUCCACCGAUGGCAAUACCACGGUUUCUGAGUUGCUUUUAAUACCCGUACCCGAAGAUAAUGAACGUCAAGUACAGUGCUCUAUAUCCCUUAAUCCCAGCAUGACCUCACAGCAUUUACCCGAAGGUCAUACUACUAUAACGACGGUAAUGGGUAAUGGCAAUACCGGUUUAUUUUUGAAAGACUCUAGAGUAUUAAAUGUCACACAUGCUCCCAUUGUUGCUUUGAGUCUGGGUGCUCCUUUGGAUCCAAAUAAUUUGCUUAAAGGUUCUGAUGUCUAUUUGGAUUGUGAGGUUAAGGCGAAUCCGGGCAUUACCAAAGUGGAGUGGUAUCAUAAUGAUAAACAAUUGCAUUCCUCGCGUGGCAUUAUUAUCUCCAAUCAAACGCUGGUGCUGCAGGGAAUUUUGAAAUCAUCUCAUGGCCAGUAUUUCUGCCGGGCCACCAAUAUACAGGGCAGUGUUUCCAGCAAUGAAGUGUAUUUAGAUGUAAAAUACCCACCUGUUUGCAAAUCAGAUUCAACAAUAAUACGCGCCGCACUUAAACAAACCAUUAAUAUAACAUGUCAAGUGGAUUCGAAUCCUCUUGAUAAUCUAAAUUACAAAUGGCACUUCAACAACUCACUUGAAAGUCUCAUAGAAUUGCCUUUAAAUAUGGGCAUGAUGAUGAUGAGUGGUGGUGCUGGUGGUGGUGCAGGAGGCAUGGCUGCCUCACUGCAUACACCCUUAAAUGGUGCUGGCUCGAAUGCAGGUGUACAUCAUGUGCAACAGCAACAACAUCACCAAAUGUUAUUACAUGCGGAUGCAAGUCACGCUUCCGCCGGAUAUUAUCAACGUAGCAAAAGGAAACACACACAACAACAACCCAUACAAGCCAAAGUUGUGCAUGGUCGCCAUGGUCGUGUUGCAUUGCGUGCAGUUAACCCACUGCAACAACAGCAGCAGCCUACCCACAUCGAUGCCUGGUCAAAUGUGCAAUUCGAAGAUGAUUUCGAAAUUGACCACCAACAGCAACAGCAGCAACAACUCUAUGAUGACAAUCAUGCUACCGCUAUAGCUGGAAAUCAUCAUGCAAAUGGUGAUGGUGAUGAUGAGGAUGAAACCGUAAAUGGUGUUUAUGCCGAUGAUUUACCACCCUACACCCAAAUGGUCUAUUCCAAUCUGAUAUAUAAAAAUCAUUUAGACAACAAACAACGUGGCAACAAGCAGCAAACACCAAUAUAUCAACAGCAGCAGCAACAACAACAACAACAACUAUUGCACUCACAACCCUUGCAUGACAUUACGCACAAUAAUCAAUAUCAGUUGGCCGAACGUAAACGUUUGACAGCUUUGCAUAAGCAACAACAUCAUCGUGUUGCGGUCACCACAGCCACACCGCCGCCACCUCCUCCAACGAUACCUUUGAACAAUGUCUACUCGUAUCACAUUGAAUCGUAUGAAAGUUUUGGUGCCAUUUCAUGCGUGGCCAACAGUCCAAUGGGUCAAUCACAACCAUGUUGGUAUCACAUACAACCAGCAGAUCUUCCGGAUCCUGUUAAAAACUGUACUGCCUACAAUGCAACCGCAAAUUCUAUGCAGAUUCAGUGUAUACCUGGCUACGAUGGUGGUAUACCGCAACAUUUUCAUGUGCAAGUGUACGAUGAAUUGAAUCGUCAAAUAUUAUACAAUACCUCAUUUCGUAAUCCUGAGUUUACCGUUAAGCGUUUGCCCAGCGAUUCGGUAUUUGUGAUACGCAUAACUGCGGUCAAUGCACAGGGUGCCAGCAAAAUCUCCUAUCGCGUACGUGGUCGUACGCUGUCGGCACCAUUGCUGAGGACAGCAUCCUCUACGGCGGUUUUAGUUCAGCUAACACCAUUGCUGGGAGCAUUGGUUGGUGUCAUAGCAACACUUGUACUGGUGGCCAUUUGCAUUGUGAUUUUCAUGAAAUUUCGUACAAAGCAUACGCGUCGCGGCCCGAACGGUGAUACCACAACAACUGAAGCAGACAAAGGUAGCGCUGAACCACUCUCACGCAACAUGGGCAGCCAUUCAAGUUUAGAGGAUAAAAAUCCUGACGUUAUACCGCAGGAAACGAACAGUGAAGAUGAAUUUCAUUUGGAGGAAAAGGCAUUCGAUCGUUUGAAUAUGGAAUCACAGCGUAUACUUUACACACCAACAGCCAGAAUAAAUACACAAUCACCACCACCGCCCUCACUAUCGCCAACGUUUGGCAAACAGUAUGGCGAACUAUCGUUGACAACAAAUCCCGCCUUUAGUCUCUACAAUACACCACAACGAGCUCCUGCUGCCCAAAGACCCGUUUACACAGCCCCACCACCCCUGUUAUCCACACGAACGCCACCAAAUAUUUACACACGCAUACCCGGACGCACCUAUUUACCAGCUUACGAGACACGCACCUCACCCACCUCCCCCUACGGCUCUACGACAACCUGCACCAUGCCACUGUUGGGAGGACAAUCGAAUGGCUCACUGCAAACAAACAGCAGUACAGGUACUGGCAUGAUUGGCAGUAUGAGUGGUGUGGGUGUUGUGGGGGGAAAUGGUGGUGGUGGCGGUACACUAAGUUUAACCAGCGGCAAUUCAAUGGGCCAUUGCAAUACAUUGCCUCAUCCUAAUACACAACAUCAACAUCAGAAUCCAAUAUCAACAGCGUUGACCUCAUCGCUGACAUCGGGGAAUAUAACGAUUGGUGCUGCACAAUCCCUGCUCACGUCACCGCGUACCCAUUCCGCGUACAGCAAUUCAACGACAACAACAAUACAAUCACCACUUUUAGCCACCAGCACUCUAUUGGGGAAUGGAAAUUAUGAAACGAUAUCUUCCUGAGAAUUACCUAAAGAUGACAUUAAAUGUCAGAUUGUAUGUAUUGGUGGGAGUAGUACGUGUACAACAACGUCCUCGGCGGAACGUACAACAAUUGUUUAGAGUGUAGAUACAAAUACAUAAAACAAAACAAAAACUAAAUUAUAAUUUUAAGGUUUUUAUAUUUUAUAUACACUUUUCAUUUUCUGUAUUAUAUUGAAACUAAGGGAAUAAUUAUUAUUUAUAUUUUGUAUAUUUUGUGUUAGUUGUUGUAAAAGCCAGAAAGUUUUUUUUUAGGUUUUUAAUUCUCAUCUA